CAAGCAUCGGCUAGUGCUGACGCAACAACCCCUACAGAAACCCCGUCUUUUCUUCAUCCAAUACCCAGACACUAUAGUACAACCAGGACUAUACCAGACUAAUCAUGGACCCUACCGCCAGCGCCAACCAUCCCCGACUCGGCUGGAUAGGCCUCGGCUCAAUGGGCCAAGCCAUGGCCGUGAACCUCCAAACCCACCUCUCCCGCACCAACGCCCCAUCCCUCCACUUCUACAACCGGACCGAAGCCCGUGGCUUACCUCUCCGCGAGAUUGGGGGCACGCAAAGCCCCAAUAUCCAAUCCCUCAUCGCCAAGGUAGACAUCUGCUUUCUCGCCGUGACGGACGACAAUGCAGUCAAAUCCAUCAUCAAUUCCAUGAUCGAGAACCCAGAUCACAUCCGGGAUAAGAUCAUCGUUGAUACGACGACCGUGCACCCGGAUACAUCUAUCUGGGCCGAGCAAUCUCUCCAGGGUGUAGGAGCCAGCUACAUCGCAUCCCCCGUCUUCGGUGCAAGCCCCGUCGCUAAAGAAGGGAAACUGCUUUUCGUGAUCGCCGGUCCAGACGACGCCAUACAAUCCAUUGAACCAUUCGUGGUAGGUAUCAUGGGCCGGAAGAUCCUCCGAAUGGGAAGGGAUGUUACGCGGGCGAGUUUACUAAAAAGCACAGGUAAUUUCAUCACAGCCGGAAUGAUGGAACUCAUCGCGGAAGCGCACGUGCUAGCCGAGAAAUCCGGACUCGGGAAUGACGUGCUCGAGUCGUUGAUCGACGAACAAUACGGGGCGCUUCCGUUUGCGAUGUCGAAACGCAUCACGGGGGGUUAUUAUCUGCCCGAGCGAGGACAGCGGCCGUGGUCGGAUCUCAAUCUGGCGAUUAAGGAUGUUUCGUUGGGGGUGAGUUGUGCCGAGGGAGUCGGGGCUAGGUUGCCGGUGGCGGAGGUGGUGUUGGAGCAUUUAUGCGAGGCGAGGGGGUAUGCGGAGGGGAAUGGGCGGGCGUUGGAUUCGUCGGCGAUGUAUGGGAUUUUAAGGGAGAGAGCGGGGUUGGGGUUUGAGUCGGAGGGGGUGAAGAAGAGGGAUGGUGGGGGUUCAGAAUGA